CGCUCCCAUCCCCAACUCGUCCGAUAGAAGUGGAUAUGCCGAUGGAUCUGGAAGCAAAAAUGAAUCUUCAAUACACGAUGUCGAAGCGCAGGAAAAUUGGCUACGGAUGGUUUAGUUCGCUUUUGCUCUGUUUUAUCGCACUUACAGAAAUGAUUUCAAAUGUUUGCAGCCUGAAAGAUCUAAAAAUAUUCGUCCCGGAGGCGGUCAUCAUGGGCAAUGCGGCGACCUUAUCAUGUCAAUUCGAACUGGAAAAGGCAACACUUUACUCCGUUCGAUGGUAUUUUGAAGGCGAAGAGUUCUACCGUUUCGUCCCGAAGGAAUCACCCCCGGCGCGUACGUUCCCGGUGUCGGGCAUUACGGUGGAUGGUACACAAUCGGAUGCCACGUCCGUUACGCUGCGGGGCGUAACCCGCGACCUAACCGGUCAGUUCCAGUGCGAAGUAUCCGAGGACGCACCGCUCUUCCACACCGACAUCCGGCAGGCACGCAUGCAGGUGGUCGAACUGCCCAAGGAGGACCCGUUGAUGCAGGUGGACAAAACGCACAUCACCACGCUGGACAAUUUCCGGGCGGUCUGUACCGUGGGGACGUCCUUUCCGGCAGCCAACAUUACCUGGUACAUCAACACGAAGCGGAUUCAUCGAUCACCGUACCAACGCAUCACGUACCGCUCGUACGAAGGGACGCCCACCUUCUCCUCGCUCGAGAUGUUCCCGCACAGUCAGGUACUGCAGGACAUCUACCAGUCGAUGCCACCGUUUCACACCAGCCUCACCGUCAUGUGUGAGAUCUCGAUCCUGCACAUCUACACCAAGAGCGCCCAGCAGCGCAUCCUGGUGAGCGAUCUCGUGACAACCAUCUCGCCGAACCUGCUCGGCCUGGAUGGGUCGAACAAUCGGCGAAAAAACAACGGUGACCCCGACAAUUCACCCCUGACCGGGGGUACCGUCCGGCUGGCCGGUCAUACACCGGUGCCGGCGCUGCUGCUGGUGCUGCUCGGUCUGCGGGCGCUCAGCACCGUGCUGCACUGGCACGGACAGCUGACGGAUCGUUUAUCCGGGUUGUGAUUGGUGACUGCGCAGAAGCUGUAAAUAUGAAAGGCGCCCAUCACCGACAGGAAGGCAGAGCGGCGGCGAGCAGCGAGGAUGGCGGUGUGUGCGGGAGUGAUUGAUAAAUAUUACAUAAAAGAAAGCCAACGUAAUAAUAAUACUACCAAUAAUAGGAAUGAUCUUGAUACUCAGUAUGUGUGUGUGUGUGCGUGUGCCAACGUGAGCGAAUCUCCUUCUCAUCCUGGUCAAAGGAGCGCUGGGUGAUUGCGUAUUGGUUGUCGUUUAUUUUUCGCUUCCCAGACGAUGACCCACUGCAUAAAGGACUGGAGAAAACAAUAAUCCACUCACAAUUGGGCGAAAAUGGCUGCUAGUGGACGAGGGACUUUAAGCGGAGAAUAAGCUAGUAUGUGUAAAUUGUAUAUGUCAUUGAGCUUUUUUCCCUUUCAUAACUUCCUCUUCCUCGAGAAAGCGACCCCAGGGGGUGCAGGAUAAACCCACUGGUAGUAGAGAAUUGAGCCAAAAAACCUGAGUUCCGUUUACCACACUACAUCCACACCAUGCUCAAGAUCGUAAGAACUCUGCUGUAGGAUGGAAGUUUACCGAAUUUUUUAUACAUCCCGAACUAUAAAAAAAAUCGCUUUCAACUCUUUAAGUUACGAUGUUUUCCCGCUCGAUAAUUUCCUUUUAAAGAAAGCUCAGAAGUAAAGACAAAAUCAGAAUCAAAAAGCUAAAAGCAAACUGAAAAAAAAACAUCUCUACGAAAAUGAAAUAAAAAGCUGCAUAGUUCUACCAGAUCUUCCGUUUAGUGAUCGGGAACAUCUCAAGGUGUAAGAUGGCUCCGCUUGCUCCCUCUCAGCGGACCGGCGUUAAUCGUUUGGCUUUACAACACAUAUUAGUCCUUUCCCUGUUCCGAAAUUCCGACACACUUGUAUAUGGGGUAGUUUUGUAACGCUGAUUGUACAUGUAACAGAACGAAAGGAACACUCACAUUCCAACACCUUCCAUCACUCAAGUAACGAAUGCGUUGUGGUAGCGUUGCUCAAUAACAAAAAAAGAAGAAAACGACAAAAAAAAACACAAUGGAUAAAAGAGUACUAAGGCUUGCUUCUCCGGCUAGUAGUGCUGAAGGGUUUAAUUUAGUUCAAUUUGCUCGCCGAAAACACGGUGCAGCAUCCAAACAGGGAGCGCUAGUGACCGAGACGAGCAAGCGUUUAGUUUGUAGUUGAACGAGUGCUAGGCAAUGCUAGGGGUUGAAAAGGGGGUGGCUACAGUGUUGGAGACGCUGGCCGGGGGAGAAAAAACCCAGAAUGGGCUCUCGUUCUUGUAAGUAAGUGAAACUUGUUAGCUGAGGCGCGUAGACAAAUGUAAGUAUUAUUAUCUGUUACUAACAUGAAUGUACUGGAACUAAUCGAUACAAACCAAACUAACAGCAUACUAAAGCAAAUAAGGCUGCGAAGUACACCGACGAAAUAAAAAAAAUACCACAAACAGAAGGUAAAUAUGAAAACGGGAAGAGACAGAAACAUAACUAACGGAAGACUAGCAAAACAAGCAUUUCCCGUUGCAAUGGACUGUUAUAUUGUGCGAUUGUUUUGUUUUUCCUCCACCCAAUUUUGUGUUUCAUUUGUGUCCACUUUCUAACGAAUUUCAUAAUGAGUUUUCGUUAGCCAACAUCCCAUUUGAUAUCUCGCCCAUCUUUCCCUUUACUAAAGCGAUUGACACUUCACGUCAAUUUGUACGAUGUGCAUGUGCAAGCUUGAUCGCAUCACAGUCCUUCCUAUGUAAGGAUCAUCUGUCGGUGGAUAGUGUAUUGGCAGCACAAAGUGUACUGCAGUGCCGGUAGCCUCUCCACGGUGUACACUCUCUACGGUGUCAAACGUAAGCUAAGAGAAGAAAAAUAAAACGCUAGUUAUAUAGGACAUUGGACAUCAAUCGCUUCACACUCCAGUGUAACAAUAGUGCGGCCGGAAGAUGAUCGGUCAUGCAACAAAAAAAAAACGAUCGGUACAGGAAAGGGAAGCACAAGGGAGGAAAAGGAAAUAAAUUGAAUAAUGCUACGAUUUAACAAGAAAUAAGACAAAAAAAACGCACUCACACACACACAAAAACCCCCCCUAGCAGGAAGGAAGGAAAUACAAGUAAGUAAGAGGUGAAGAUGAACGUAAAAUUCAGGGCAUUUGCUAUAGGUUCGUAACACAUCGUUGCAUUACAUAAGUAACACGUAACAAUGAAACAGUCAACAAUAUCUGAGAGUGUUGGGCGUGGCGUGAAACGCAAGCAGUUGUACAUUGCUGCACAGUGCGCGACAAGCAAAACGCAUUCCGCACACGAUCCGACAUGUCGGAAUAAAAAUGAAAAGGGAAAACUUGUUUUGUUUUACCCCAUUACAUGCCACAAUAAAUGCCGCCAGCAGAGAUAAUUGUGUACGCGGUCUGGUACGAGUUCUGGCGGAGAUCGUAUGAUCGUACGGACAACAAAAAAAAGCAAAAA